UCUUGCUCCCAGACCUGGUUUCGAUGCUCAUAGCCUUGCACGCGUUCUAGCGAGGUCCUGCCCUCCGCCUUCACCGACCUGUUCGACCACCUCGCUGCAGCAUCCUUUAAGUUGCCUGGGUAGGCGCCCUCCGAAGGUCAGUAUUCCCGUUUCCCCUUUCUGUUCUCCGCUUCUCUUCUACUAUGUGCAACGCCCACAACCCAUCUGCACUCCUUGUACCCAUAAUAUCCAUCUUCCUCACCAUCCCCGUCGUCGUUGCCACCCGUCCUCCAACAAUUAUCCGCGCUCUCAUAUUCGCGGGGCAGCUGCAGGUCGCAUACACCACCAUAUCUCGACAUCGCUUCCUGAUAGGCGACCCGUAUCAUGACUAUAUCGGAGGGAGCAGCUUCGGGGUGUUUUUGCUUAUUGCCUUCGACUGGUAUUUUCUGCAACCAGACCCCUUGCGAGAUGGGACGAGGCGAGAGGGGGACAAGCAACCUGCGAGAGACAUGCCACUCUGGAGACGGAUAUGGUGGGCAACCAAUCUCGUCGGCUGCCUUCGUGGGAUUGGCUGGAGCAAUACGGUACCCCACGUCGUCAAAGUACCGGUAACAGAGACUCGUCAUUCCUUCGUCAUCCGCCGUCUAUCCGACGCCGUGUUCUUCGUCUUCGUCAUGGACGUUGCCGCCAUCUACCUCAAGCACAACCCCAUCACAUCGUCUCUCGCCGCGGAACGUAUACAGCCCUCAGCUCAGGGUCCCAUCUUCCAAAUUCUCUCCUCGCUCUUCUACAUGGCCAACUUCUGGGCGGAUUCGCAGCUUGCAUACUGCUUGCUUAGCGCGGUCGUCGUAGGCUGCGGAUUCUCGGCGCCUCAGUCGUGGCCGCCUCUGUGGGGGAGCUGGUGGGAUGCCUUCACGGUCAGACGGCUUUGGGGGAGGACGUGGCAUCACUUCAUGCGCCGGUUUAUCUGCUCCAUGGGAAAGACCACCUGCCGCAUAUUCGGCGCCCAGCCCGGCACCUCUGCAUCCGCCUACAUCCAACUCUACGUUGGCUUCUUCAUCUCUGGCCUCGCGCAUGCAGCAGGCGACGUCAACAUCAACAAGCCCUUCGGCGCCACCUUCUGGUUCUUCAUGUCGCAGGCCUUCGCAAUCACCGUCGAGGACGAUGUCAUCGCGCUCGCGAGGAAAGCUGGAAUCCGCGAGUCUGCACCUACACGCGCGCUUGGGAGGCUCUACGUCGCGGCUUGGCUGUACCUCAGCAUGCCUAUGAUGACGAACCCAAUUUUGAGCAGUGGGCGGCCGAUUGUGUCGUGUCUGCCGUUCUCGCCAAUUGCGAUGGUGUGGCGAGCGGUCGGGAUGGAGGGCAAAUGGACGAUGGAAUGGCCUGUGCCACCGCUUCCGCAAGGGAUCCCUAACUUAUCUUUGGACUUCAUGGACUUUACGAAUGCCACACGAUCCUUUCCUUGACCCAUUUAGUACUAUACAUAACUUAUAGCUCAGCACCCGGACUUUCAUAUAGCAUACUUAUUCGCUUUGCGGGCAUGUACCAUACGGGGAAAGAUGGUACAUCCGGGAUCCACACUGCCGUUCCCACAAAUUACCUUGCAUGUUGCCGU